UAAUGAUUACAUCCCACUGGUGCCUCUGACGUUUUAUCACGCUGCUGCUCUUAUGACUUAUUCCUCUUUCGUCGGCCAACCAAGAAUAAUACAGUAUUCUAAUUCUACACAGAAGUUGUCCGGAGUGAACAUGGUGUGGGUUCUACUUUUAGUGGCUUUCCUGAACACUGGAGCGGUCCAGUGUCAGAGAUCCUCGCUGAAAGACAGUAAAAGACUGGACCCAGAGGUCAACAUGAACAUUAGUGAGAUCAUCAGGCACUGGGGCUACCCGACAGAGGAGCACGACGUCGUCACAGAGGACGGCUACAUCCUGAGUGUCAACCGGAUCCCGCGCGGUCUGAAGAACGGUGACGAUCCCAAGCCUGCAGUGUUCCUCCAGCAUGGUCUCCUGGCUGCGGGGAGUAACUGGGUGACCAACCUGCCCAACACCAGCCUGGCUUACCUGCUAGCCGACGCUGGCUACGACGUCUGGAUCGGCAACAGCAGGGGAAACACCUGGUCCAGGAGACACCUCACACUCAGCCCUGACCACAAUGACUUCUGGCAGUUCAGUUAUGAUGAGAUGGCAAAGAAGGACCUGCCAGCAGUGGUCAACCACAUUCUGAAGACCACAGGCCAGGAGCAGAUCUACUAUAUCGGCCACUCUCAGGGAACCACUAUUGCCUUUGUUGCAUUCUCUUCCAUGCCUGAGCUGGCAAGCAAAAUCAAGAUGUUCUUCGGCCUGGCUCCAGUGGCCACUGUGGCUUUCACUGCCAGCCCCAUGAGCAAGCUCUCCAUCUUCCCCGAUUUCCUCAUUUGGGAUGUGUUUGGGAAGAAGGACUUCAUGCCUCAAAGUGCUCUCAUUAAGUGGUUCGCCACCAACGUCUGCAGUAAGAAACCUCUUAGUGAGCUGUGUGGAAACCUCUUCUUCAUCCUCUGUGGCUUCGAUGAGCUGAACCUCAACAUGACUCGCACACCUGUGUACACCUCCCACUGCCCAGCAGGGACCUCAGUGCAGAACAUGAUUCACUGGUCUCAGGCAGUGCAUGGUGGAAAGCUGAUGGCCUAUGACUAUGGGAGAGCAGGGAACAUGGCUCACUAUAACCAGUCGACCCCCCCGCUGUACAACAUCCAGAAUAUGAAGGUGCCUACGGCCCUGUGGUCUGGGGGUCACGACACCCUGGCUGACCCUAAGGACGUUGCCGUGCUGCUCAACCAGGUCCCAAACCUGGUGUACCACCGCCACAUCGAGCACUGGGAACACCUGGACUUCAUCUGGGGUCUGGAUGCCCCCCAGGAGAUGUACAGUGAGAUAAUCAAACUGAUGAGUCAGCAGGACUUGGUGUGAACAGUGGAUUGACGGGGAGAAAUAUGGCCAGUUUUAACCUCCGCUCUCAGCACACUAGCAGAAGCGAUUUUAAUACUGUAUCUGAAACAUAUUGGGAGACAUAUUGCAGUGCCUGGGUGCGAGUGAGUACACACGUUUGUGCACUUUGUGUUUGUGACUAUAAGCAUGUGUAAAAGCGAGUCUUCGCGUGUGUUUGAGUAAAGCCAUGCUCUCAAGGAGCAAUAAUCAUGUACCUCUAAAUUGGGAUGGUGAGGAAAACAAGCUGUGAGGUUAGGAUUCAGUGUUGUGAGGAAUCCUCCAUUUUGUGAUUUUACGACCCCCGUCCUCUUUCAGAACACUUGAAUGGAUUUUUAGAUGUCUUUAAAACAAAAUAAUUUAACCUUUUAACUAGGCAAGUCAGUUAAGAACUAAUUCUUAUUUACAAUGAUGGCCUACUGGGGAACAGUGGGUUAACUGCCUUGUUCAGGGGCAGAACGACAGAUUUUUACCUUGUCAGCUCGGGGAUUAGAUCCAGCAACCUUUCGCUGACUGGCCCAACUCUCUAACCACUAGGCUACCUGCCGGCAUUAAAGAAUGUCCCAGGUCAGUGAAAAUAUACUAUUAACAAACAUUACAGGUUAUAAUCCUCCAUGAGAUGCAGGUUAUGAAUGUAGCUUAAGUUAUUGGUACAUUAUCGUGAGAAAGGUCCAGGGUCCAGUUCAACAUACAGUACCUCUCUACAGAACUUGCACUUUUCAAACUGUCAUCACUAGGACUUUGUGUUGUUGUGUUGGUUAAUGUUGCUGUGCCUUUUUUAAUCAAACACAUUCCAUUUGGGUUUAUCUGUCUCUACUGAUACUUGUCAUUUUGUUACAUAGAUGAAGUAUUUUUAUUGGAUCUUAGGUAAGGAAGGGUGCCGACCAAAGAAUGACUGACGUUUGUUCAUUCAUUUUCUACUUCCGUUGUGUUAGAACACUUAUGUAUGCUGCUUUUUAAUUAAUGUAUCCAACUACUCAAUAAAAAUGUAUUAAAUCUGUU